CUUUGACAUCUUAACAGCUGAAAACAAACCUUGAAAUAUUUAAUAAUCUUGUCGCAAUACAAAGUAAACGACUUAAGUAUUAUAUUUUUACGGACAAAAUUUGUGUUGAUUUCGAUUUUAUAAAACCAUUAAAGUGAUUAAUUAUCGUCUAGACGGCUUAGAUGACAUCAGCCAAGGGUAAAAAAGAAGUCGAAAAUAAGAUCAUCGAAAAAAUGUCAGCUACUGGAUCAUAUCUCGAAAAAUUUCUGGGUGACAUCAGUAAAAAGUCUGCAACUAAGCAAAUUGUAAUUGGAUCGCUCUCGGGAUGGGCUACUGGAUACUCAACAAUGAAAAUUGGUAAAACUGCAGCAUUUCUUAUCGGCGGAGGUAUCAUUUUUCUCGAAAUUGCAAAUGAACAGGGAUGGAUCAAGAUUGACUGGAACAAAGUAACAAAACAAAUUGACAAAGCCGCUGAUAAAGUAGAGGAAGUUGCAACUGGUGAAGCCCCCAGAUGGAUGGAUAAGGCAGAGCGAUACGUCGACCGGAAAUUAGACCAAGCCGAGUCUGCCAUUAAGAAAAAGUCACAAAAGGCAAAAAAAUGGUACAGUGCUUUUAUUGGCGACGAAAAUGGACCGAAAAUUAAUGAAUUCCACAUUUUCCUUGGAGCAUUUGUUGGAGGGUAUUUUAUUGGAGCAUCAAUGACUUAAGUUAACAAAUCAUACAAUGUGAUGAUACAUACUUUUUUACAAGAAACUUAUUUUACUGAACGAGGAGGAUAUAUAGUACGUUACUGCUUCUUGUAAA